AUGGUGAACUUCACCGUGGACGAGAUUCGCCAACUGAUGGAUCGAAAGCGAAACAUCCGCAACAUGUCUGUCAUCGCUCAUGUCGAUCACGGAAAGUCCACCCUCACCGAUUCUCUUGUAUCGAAAGCUGGAAUCAUUGCUGGAGCCAAGGCCGGAGAGACCCGAUUUACGGACACUCGUAAGGACGAGCAAGAGAGAUGUAUCACCAUCAAGUCUACUGCUAUCACUCUGUUCUUCAAACUUGACCAAAAAGAUCUUGAGUUUGUCAAAGGAGAUGAGCAAUGUGAAAUGGUAGAGGUUGAUGGAGUUCAAGAGAAAUACAACGGUUUCUUAAUCAACUUGAUUGAUUCUCCUGGCCACGUUGACUUCUCCUCGGAAGUCACCGCUGCUCUUCGAGUCACUGAUGGAGCUCUUGUCGUUGUGGAUUGCGUCUCUGGAGUAUGCGUUCAAACUGAGACUGUGCUCCGUCAAGCGAUUGGUGAGAGAAUCAAGCCAAUUCUUUUCAUGAACAAGAUGGAUCGCGCUCUUCUUGAACUGCAACUCGGAGCAGAAGAGCUAUUCCGAACUUUCCGAGUAAGACACUGUUAUGAGAAGUAUGUGAAAAAGAAUCUCAUAAAUUUUCAGCGUAUUGUGGAGAACAUCAACGUCAUCAUUGCCACGUACGGAGACGACGACGGCCCGAUGGGACCUAUUCUAGUUGACCCAGCAAUCGGAAACGUUGGAUUCGGUUCUGGACUCCACGGGUGGGCGUUCACACUGAAACAAUUCUCCGAGAUGUACGCGGACAAGUUCGGAGUUCAAGUGGAGAAGCUAAUGAAGAAUCUGUGGGGAGAUCGUUUCUUCGACUUGAAAACCAAAAAAUGGAGCAAUAUCCAAAACGAAGACUCCAAACGAGGAUUCAACCAAUUCGUUCUCGACCCAAUUUUCAUGGUCUUCGAUGCUAUCAUGAACGUCAAGAAGGACAAGACCGCUCAACUUAUUGAGAAGCUUGGCAUCAAGUUGGCCAACGAAGAGAAGGAACUGGAAGGAAAACCACUGAUGAAGGCGUUCAUGCGAAGAUGGCUACCAGCUGGCGACACCAUGCUUCAGAUGAUCACUUUCCAUUUACCAUCCCCAGUGACUGCUCAGAGAUACCGAAUGGAGAUGCUCUACGAAGGACCACAUGAUGAUGAGGCGGCAGUAGCAAUCAAGACUUGUGAUCCGAAUGGACCUCUCAUGAUGUACGUUUCAAAGAUGGUUCCGAAUGAUAAGGGACGCUUCUAUGCGUUCGGACGUGUCUUCUCUGGAAAAGUAGCAACCGGAAUGAAAGCUCGCAUCCAGGGACCAAACUAUGUUCCAGGAAAGAGAGAUGAUCUCUACGAGAAAACCAUUCAACGAACUGUUAUCAUGAUGGGUCGGUCUGUGGAGCCAGUUGAAGACAUUCCGUCAGGAAACAUUGCUGGACUCGUUGGAGUCGACCAAUAUCUAGUAAAGGGAGGAACCAUCACCACGUUUAAGGAUGCCCAUAACAUGCGAGUCAUGAAGUUCUCCGUAUCUCCUGUGGUCCGUGUAGCCGUUGAAGCCAAAAACGCAGCUGAUCUUCCAAAACUUGUUGAAGGACUGAAACGUCUUGCUAAAUCCGACCCAAUGGUCCAGUGUAUCUUCGAAGACUCGGGUGAACACAUCGUCGCUGGAGCUGGAGAGCUUCAUUUGGAGAUUUGUCUCAAAGACUUGGAGGAGGACCACGCUGGUAUACCAAUCAAAAAGUCUGACCCAGUUGUAUCGUACCGCGAGACAGUCCAAUCUCAGUCCAGCCAGAUUUGUCUAUCAAAAUCCCGUAACAAGCAUAAUCGCCUGUAUUGUUCGGCUCAACCAAUGCCAGAUGGUCUCGCUGAUGACAUUGAAGAAGGAGCGAUCAAUGCAAGAGAUGAAGCUAAAGCUCGAGCGAAGAUCAUUGCAGAGAAGUAUGAGUACGAUGUAUCUGAAGCCCGCAACAUCUGGUGCUUCGGUCCAGACGGAACUGGACCAAAUCUUUUGUUUGAUGUUACCAAAGGAGUUCAAUAUCUCAAAGAAAUCAAAGACUCUGUAGUCGCAGGAUUCCAAUGGGCAACACGAGAAGGAGUCCUCUGUGAUGAGAAUCUUCGGGGAGUUAGAUUCAACAUCCAUGACGUCACGGUCCAUACAGAUUCCAUGCACCGAGGAGGAGACCAAAUCAUUCCAACAGCCCGGCGAGUCUUCUACGCUUCCGUUCUCACAGCCGAACCACGAAUCCUUGAACCAGUCUACCUGGUGGAAAUUCAAUGUCCCGAAACCGCCAUUGGAGGUAUUUACGGAGUGCUGAACAAGCGACGGGGGCACGUCUUCGAAGAAUCUCAAGUCUCCGGAACCCCAAUGUUCAUUGUCAAAGCAUAUUUGCCAGUCAACGAGUCUUUCGGAUUCACAGCCGAUCUCCGAUCCAACACGGGAGGACAAGCAUUCCCACAAUGCGUGUUUGACCACUGGCAGAUUCUUCCAGGAGACCCUCUCGAAGCAGGCACUAAGCCAAAUCAAAUUGUAUUGGAGACCAGAAAGAGAAAGGGACUCAAAGAAGGACUUCCAGUCCUGGACAAUUAUCUUGAUAAAUUAUAA